UUGCCCAUAUUAAAGUAACUACUCUUGACAAUCACGUUCUAUUUACUUGUCAGAGCUGCAUAAGCGCUGAAUUAUAUUCUAUGUGUAUUGUUUCAGAGAUUCCUUCUAAUACUAUUUUGACUCUUAACAGGGCUCUUGCACAGAGGAUAGCACCAGGACCUUGGCAGGAACAGACAGGGCUGGACAUUGAGGGCCUCCCACAACAACAUUUUGGUGUUGACUGUGGAAUUUUCAUGAUCAUGUAUGCUUGGUACAUCGCCCUGGAGACACCAUUUGAUUUCUCCAUACAUGACAUGCCCUACCUGAGGAGGUGGUGGUGCACAGUGUUAAUGGAGAAUCUGGAGAUCGAGGGACAUGGAAGAAGAUUCGCACAUUUCACAGAGGAGGGCAGAAAGAUGGCAGACGGUAGUGUGGCACCUGUUUUCAGUGUGCCACGAAAAAGGAAGCUGGACACUAUGGAUGGUAAUGGGCAGAUAAUAGUUGGGCCACCAGCAGCAACGUCAGCAGCUCCUACAGCCCCAACAGCAGCUCCAACAGUCCAGUGUGACAGCUGUGUCUCCAUUGAACAGAGAGAAGAGAGUUUCAGUGAAUUAGAGGACUUCAAUGAAGAAGACCUACAGUACACAAGUGUCCAUUGCUGCACACAGGAGAGGCAUCAAACAAGUGAGAGCAUGCUCUUCGAAGAGGCAAAAAAGGUAGCAGACUGGUUGGAUGAAAACAGUGGGCUGAUAAAAAAUAAAUAUUGGCUGCCACGGGUGUUGGACAUGGAGGCGGAAGAGCAGGAGGAGGUGCUGGCCAGACAAUAUUCAUGA